AUGCCGCCGGAGCGGAUAUCCCAGUCCUACGCGCCGUUCCCGCCUUCCUCCCCUCCGCCGCCCACCUCCCCGCUCGUGGCGCCGUCGCGCGUGGCGCCGGCCGCGUACGUGGUGCUCUCGACGGCGUCGCUGGUGGCGUUCCUGGACAUCCAGCCGCUGGCGCGGGGUCACUUGCUGCUGUGCCCGCGGGCGCACCGGCCGCGGCUCACGGACGCGACGCCGCGCGAGGCCGCCGCGCUCGGCGCCCGCCUCCGCCUCCUCUCCGCCGCCCUCGUCCGCGCCACCGGCGUCCCCGACUGGAACGUCGUCCAGAACAACGGCGCCGCCGCCGCCCAGGUCGUCGACCACGUCCACUACCACCUCAUCCCCCGCCCCGACCUCCGCGCCCACCCCCCUCCCCCCCGCAGCUUCACCAUGUUCGGCCGCGGCGUCCGCCGCGACCUCGACGACGACGACGCCGCCGCCCUCGCCGACCUCCUCCGCCGCUCCCUCGCCGAGGUCCUCAAGGAGGCCGGGGAGGAGGAGGGGGGGGAAGAGUGGGAGACGGAGGAGGGGCAAGAUAAGAAACCUGAGAGAGGAAAAUUGUGACAUAUCAUAUAGUCUACGACUGGCAUUCGGCGCAAAAAAAGACGAAAGAAAGAAAAGUCACUUACACACGCAGUCGACACCUUCCGAAUUUUGUCUCCGCGAGACCGGCACGCGUGGGCUUGCAUAACGUCGAAGCCAGGCCUCUCCAUCUCGUCAAUUGGGCAUUUAUUCAACCACUCAAGGUCUAUAUGUCUACAUGCGCGAGAUGCUUAGAAAAAAACAUGUGUUCUAGUCUAUCCCGGGGCGCUCCCUGCGCUCUCCCUGACUAUUCGUCGUCGCCAAAGAAGACCUUCUCGGGCAGCCAGUCGUCCUUGCAGACCU